GAUAAAACAAAAAAGGUAAACAUUUACCACUCCUCCAUCUUCUUCUACACUCCCUCACCAAAUCCAAACAAAAUAUGGCACUCAACAAAAACAUAAUCGGCGGCAUAAACUUGGUGGCGAUGCUUCUUUCGGUGCCCAUCAUCGGCGCCGGAAUCUGGCUGGCGACCCAGCCGGACAACGCCUGCCUCCAGAUUCUGCAAUGGCCACUCAUCAUUUUUGGCGUGGCGGUGCUCCUGGUGGGCGUGGCGGGCUUCAUAGGAGCCUUCUGCCGGAUCACCUGGCUCCUCCUCCUCUACCUGGUCGCAAUGCUCGUCCUCAUACUGCUGCUCGGUUCCCUCGUGGGGUUCGUGUACAUGGUCACCCUCAGAGGCUCCGGCCAUCUCCAGCCCAAUAGGGCUUACUUGGAGUAUCACCUGGACGACUUCUCCGCCUUCCUCCGCCGCAGAGUUCAGAGCUCCUUCAAGUGGGACCUCAUCCGAACCUGCUUGAGCUCCUCCACCAUGUGUGCUGAGUUGAACCAGAGCUUCCGCAUGGCUCAGGAUUUUUUCAAUGCCCCCAUUACCCCUAUGCAGUCAGGAUGCUGCAAGCCGCCGACGUUGUGCGGGUACACAUUUGUGAACCCAACGUACUGGAUAAUGCCCAUAAACAAUGCGGCGGACAUGGACUGCCUCAAAUGGAACAACGACCAAACCCAGCUCUGCUACAGCUGCGACUCCUGCAAGGCCGGCCUACUCCAGAGCUUGAAGAAUCAAUGGAGGACGGCUGAUAUAGUGCUCCUCUUGGCCCUCGUCGCCCUCAUUUCUGUCUACAUAAUUGCCUGCUGCGCCUUUAGGAAUGCCAAAACUGAGACACUCUUUGACAAAUACAAGCAAGGCCAACCCACCUAUGUGUAGCUUUUUCUUUUCUUUUUGUGUGUUGGUUUUGUUUCAAACGCUUUAAUUCAUACCACAAUGGGGAUAUUUCAAAUGAUGUUUGUUUGACAAGAUUUGAAAAUGGAAUUAGAAUGAUCAAGGCCUCAACUUAA